AUGACCACAGGCGGCAAAUCUCAGCGCAAGAGACUGCGGGCUUUUUCCCCGCUGCUGCUAAUUGGACGUUCUAGAUUGAAAAUACUAAAGGCAACCGAGCGCAUGAUCCUGGACGCAGCAGAAAAUUCUUUGACAAUUCAAGCCGAUCGGUCGCGCUUUUGCAUUGCGCCAAAGAUUAUGCCAGCGGCUGGCCUGGAUGACAGUGCAAUAGAUGCCCGUACAAUUUAUAUCGACAGCUUCGGUGCUACGGAUGAUCAUGAUUCGCUGCGACAGAGUUUUCCGAUCAACAGGCUGCUGACGCUGCUGUCAACUACGUCGGAUGCAAAUCUGAAAGGAAUUCGCGUUAUGAGGAAGACGCGAUGGCUUGAGAUGAAGGAGCAAUUGAAACGUCAGUUGUACCAUAACGAUGCAGCUGCAGUUGGUAGUAGCAAAAAUGUUAUCACGCAAGACGACGGAAUAUAA